UAAAUCCAAAUUUCUAACCUAAUUGUUCUGAUUAGCAUUGCACUGCUAGAUGACCGUUUUAAUUGAGUUUUAGAUUUGUAUAUCAAAUUUUGAACGUUAAUGGUCACGCAAAAUGUCACAUUCAUUUGUGAAUUUCAUUAUAAAAAGGUCUCUAUCAACAACAACUGUACGACAUGGUAAACGAAACUUUAGAAAAUUUCCAAUUUAUAAUAAAAGGGGUAGCCGAAACUUUAAACUCCAACAAUCGGAAAAUCCUGAUCCUGAUGUACCAGUUCAUAAACGAGGUGUGAGAGAUGUUGCAUAUAAGGAUGGCGACAAAUUGAUUUUAAUCCCAGAAAAAAUUCCAGAACUGGUAGUUCCAGAUCUUACUGAUUUUAAGUUAAAGCCUUAUGUAUCAUACAGAGCUCCAGAUGUUGUACAGUCACAAUUUACAGCUGAAGAUCUUUUUAAUGUGGUCUAUGCACCAAAGAUUUUAAAAGAUUUUGAAAAUGGUAAACUAGACGAUAAUGGUCAACCUCUGGAACCAUCUGCGGAUGAAAAAAUGACUGCGGAAGAAGCUAAACUUAAGGCCAGACAAACAGGUUCAGAUAUAUUUUAAUUAUUUUAUUUAUUAGUAGAUAUGUAGUUAAUAAAAUUUUUAAAAUUA